CAACCCUGCAAACUCUCCUCACAUCCAGAUUUCUAAGAAGGCGUCUUCAUAAACGCCUUUCUUUUAAAUUUUCGUUCUCUCUCUCCUUCCCUUUCAUCGUUCAAAUUCGCUUUAACCUUUCUUUCUGCGAAAAUGAGAGAGUGCAUCUCAAUCCACAUUGGUCAGGCCGGUAUCCAGGUCGGAAAUGCUUGCUGGGAGCUCUACUGUCUCGAGCACGGCAUCGGCCCUGAUGGACAAAUGCCAAGUGACAAGACAGUUGGAGGCGGUGAUGACGCUUUCAACACUUUCUUCAGCGAGACCGGUGCUGGAAAGCACGUGCCACGUGCUGUCUUUGUAGAUCUUGAACCUACUGUCAUCGAUGAAGUGAGGACUGGAACCUACCGCCAGCUUUUCCACCCAGAGCAGCUCAUCAGUGGCAAAGAAGAUGCAGCCAACAACUUUGCCCGUGGUCAUUACACCAUUGGGAAAGAGAUCGUUGAUCUGUGCUUGGACCGCAUCAGAAAGCUAGCUGACAACUGCACUGGUCUCCAAGGGUUCUUGGUCUUCAAUGCCGUUGGAGGAGGAACUGGUUCUGGACUUGGUUCUCUUCUGUUGGAGCGUCUCUCUGUUGAUUAUGGCAAAAAGUCAAAGCUAGGUUUCACCGUCUAUCCCUCUCCUCAGGUGUCCACCUCUGUCGUUGAGCCAUACAACAGUGUCCUCUCCACCCACUCUCUCUUGGAGCACACUGAUGUUGCUGUGCUUUUGGACAAUGAAGCCAUUUAUGACAUCUGCAGGCGCUCUCUUGACAUUGAGCGUCCCACCUACACCAAUCUCAACCGUCUUGUCUCUCAGGUGAUUUCGUCUUUGACUGCCUCCCUGAGGUUCGAUGGUGCCCUGAAUGUGGAUGUGACUGAAUUUCAGACCAACUUGGUCCCAUAUCCUAGAAUCCAUUUCAUGCUUUCCUCAUAUGCCCCGGUUAUCUCUGCUGAGAAGGCCUACCAUGAACAGCUUUCAGUGGCUGAAAUUACCAACAGUGCUUUUGAGCCAUCGUCCAUGAUGGCUAAGUGUGAUCCUCGCCAUGGAAAGUACAUGGCCUGCUGCCUGAUGUACCGCGGUGAUGUUGUGCCCAAAGAUGUGAAUGCUGCUGUCGCAACCAUAAAGACCAAGAGGACCAUUCAGUUUGUGGAUUGGUGCCCUACUGGUUUCAAGUGUGGUAUUAACUACCAGCCACCUACCGUUGUUCCUGGAGGUGACCUUGCGAAGGUGCAGAGGGCAGUUUGCAUGAUUUCCAACUCCACCAGUGUUGCUGAGGUGUUUGGCCGCAUUGAUCACAAGUUUGAUCUCAUGUAUUCCAAGCGUGCCUUUGUCCACUGGUACGUGGGUGAGGGUAUGGAAGAAGGUGAGUUUUCCGAGGCUCGUGAGGAUCUUGCCGCUCUAGAGAAAGAUUAUGAAGAAGUGGGUGCCGAGUCUGGUGAGGGUGGGGAUGAUGACUUGGAGGAAUACUAGAAUCUAUCUGUGGCCCGUUCUCUGUUGUUGUGUGUAUCGUGUUUAGAUGGCCAUGUGCCAUUGUGGUUUGUUACUUUGGAUGCAUUGCUUUUAUGCUUCGCUGUUUUUGUUACAGACCUAAAUUUAUUGGCAAUAUAUCUUUAUAUUGCUUUUAUCGAUUGUUUUAAUUGUGUUAAAGCUGAUAAUUUCGGUAAAUCAAUAUUCAACGUUGGAUUCAA